AUAUAUAUAUAUACCCAAACCUAAUCGAACUUAACAAAUAAUUCAUACUUAGAAGAAGAAGAAGCAAGAAAAAAAAAAUGUCUAAUGCUUAUGCAGGAGGAGGAUUCGGGAAGAAUUCAGGUCCUGGAUCCAUAACAGGUUCUCGAAUCCUUUUUGGAGCUAACAACCACCCUUUUCCUUCUUCUCCCAUCAUCACUUCAACACCACCACCUAGCUCCAUUGAAUCUCAUGGUUCAAGUGAUGGUCAGAAUUUGGGUGCCCAACCUACUGAAAGUAUAUUUUCUUUCAGAUCCAUUGGAUCUCAUGGUUCAAGUAGUGGUCAGAAUUUGGGUGCCCAAGCUACUGAAAGUCUUAAAUUUUCUUUCGGCUUGGGUGCCCAACCUACUGAAAGAUCUCAUGGUUCAAGUGAUGGUCAGAAUUUGGGUGCCCAAGCUACUGAAAGUCUUGUAUUUUCUUUCGGCUCCAUUGAAUCUCAUGGUUCAAGCGAUGGUCAGAAUUUGGGUGCCCAACCUACUGAAAAGACCAGUUCAGUCACAACAUUUAUUGCUCCGGGUGAUUCCACGACUGGUAUUACAGCCAACGAUGAGAAAGAGGUGAUAGAGAAUUCAUCUUGAAAGGCUUCAGUCACAAAGAAAAUAGUCUUCAAUUUUAAGUAAAUGGUAGUAUUUCAGUCACAAAGUAAUUUGAAGUGUUUCACCCUUUCUCAAUCUGAGGGAUCUCUCAUCUCUCAAUGUGAUUACGUAUUUUACAUCGUUAAAAAACUGUACACAAUACUCUGGUUUUUUCUAAUGUACACAAAGAAAAUAGUCUUGCACCAUGCACCAUGCACCAUGCACAAUCGUAGUUUUUUUACUAUUCAAUCGACAAGUCUUGAUUAGGUAUUAUAUAUCUUAUUUGAUCUAAUGGUAAAAGCUAACUUGUGCUGGCUUCUUGUGGCUUGUUUGUUAGUGUUUUGCUCACUUGGAUUUGUCAUAAUCUGUUCUGGUUUUUGCUUUGCCUUAGUUUUUUUCAUUAGUGGUUGGUGUUUAGACCAUGGGAUUUUCACUUUUGAGGCUGUGGCUUUGUUGCGUAGGCCUUGUAUCCUGUCGCUUUCUGUUGCAUUAGGAUCUUUUGGCUUGUUCGCAUGCUUGUUUGUUGUGGGGUGUUCUGCCCUUUUCUUUUCA